AUGCUGAAAGUUACUAUUUUACUCUUCGUUCAAAUCAGUAUUUUAUUCGCUGCUACACCCAACUGGGUUGGUUCAUUUAACAUUGACCAAACAUGUGAUCCGGACAGAUGUUGUUGCUUUCAUGGUCAGAUCAUCAUAACAAAUAGAUAUCCAACUACAUAUACAUUAGCUGCCGGUGUAUAUGGUGCAGCUCCUUACUGUGGAACAAAUCACAUAUUAUCGUUUCCUAAACCGACAGGAUUCACUACCAUGAUUGUAUCGGACGGUGAUAAAUUUCAUUUUCAGUUAAGUAAGGAUAGCACAGAACUAUCAAUUACUUAUGAACAGGAGGAUUUAGCGCGAUGUGUUGGCCAUGCCGUUCGGGGCUAA